CCGUCGGUGCCAGUUGUUACAUGCGUCACGUCGCCGGGAUUUCACGCUCCGUAAAAGGCCGUAAAAAACGCAGACUACUUUGAAUUCGUACGCACGUUUACGGUCGUUGAGAAAGAUUCGACUCGUGUACCAUGAUGAUUGCUACGUAAUCAUGAGGAAACGAGGCAACGAGAAUAAAGCUAGUAAGAGUUGUCAGAAUGGAGGCAACGCAUUGGAGAACUCGGAUUCGGGAGGUCUGAGCGAUGACGAGAACCAAGGCUUCGGAAAUUGGCUUCGAUCCAGCACCGGUAUCGAAAUGAUGCGGCUCUUCGUGAUCGCGAAUUCGAUUUUGGUCUUCGUGACUAUGGGUUGGCCGAAUAUGAAAGAAUCCUUCUACAUCAUCAAAAACUAUCUCGCGGGAGAAGAGGAUUAAAUAAUUAAAUGAUCCCCAUCGAGAUGAUUGUUUAGAAGUAACGUUAUAAAUUUAGUUCGUUUUAAAUAAGCAUAGCACUAUUAUUCUCAAUUAUUACAGCUGUUAGAUAUAUCUGUCAAUGUUAGUUUUAUCUUUCGUAUCAUCGAUUAAUCUCGAGCAAUAUCAAUAUCUUAAAUUCGAUGUUAAUAUAAAAAUUAACACCAAAUCAAAUCGGCAUUGGAACUGAUAAUAGAUAAGUAGUAACGUUAGAAAUAGAAAUAGAACUUGUUAUCGAUUAUAUACUAUCUGUUGUUUUAGCAUAAGUUUAAAAAAAUAUUCAAUUCACUUGGAUAGUAAGUGCGUUUUAAGAUCAAUAAGAGGUGGAUAGAUAUUUAAAUCUAGAUAGAUCUACGAAGGUAAACGAGAAGUAAUCGUCUACUUUCAAAAGAUUUAGUAUUUUUGCAAAUGCCACGAAAUUGGUAAACAGAACUGUGACAGAACUUCCUUUUUGUGCGGCGUUUGAAAGUCAAAUGUGCAGAUCGUUUGUAUAAGAUAAAACUCUUCUCUAUAUUUUUCUUGCUAAAAGUUCCUCAACUCGAAGGAAUAAACUUCCAUAGAUUUAUAGAUCGUA